AUGUCUCACGAAGGUCCACUUACUCUGGCGCGCAAGAGAAUGCUGGCUAUGCAAGCUGCUCACCCACCUCCAACCACUGUUCCUGUCUCCGUCACUUUCGGCGACGUUGAGAUGCAGGACGUUUCUACACCUACCGCUACUAGCCCACCUUCUCACUCCCGUCCUCAGACUGUCUUCUCUGCGGCCGCCAAACCUUUCGUGCCUCCUGGAGUAGCUUCAACCCCCACUACUGUGACCGCGCCUGGUCCAGUAACCACGCCUGCUUCAAUCGCCAUGCCUGCUACAGCUACCACUCNNCACGCAGGGUCCUCGCGCCGCACCACGCACUGCGGGCCAAGACUCAAACACGGUCUCUUCAGCAACAUCUACGCCCAGCAUCAAGCCAGAGCCUCCUGCUUCGCCCGUCCUCACCGAAUCCAUUGCUGUUCCAUCACCCAUCCGCCGUCCCGGUCCCCAUUCACAAUUGGGUCCUCACGUUCGCAAGCAANNGAGGUUUCGGCUCAGCCCAAGGCUCCCAGCAUUGUUGGGAACGACUUGGUUGUUAUCCAGCAGACUGAAUCUGAUCCUAGCCCAUGGGUUGCAGUUUCAGAUGCGCAAAAUACAACUGACACAUGGGGAAACGUUCACGAGCCCAAGAUCAAGACGGAGCCUGCUGAGAGCGAGUCUGUUCCUGCCACUCAUCAUGCAAGCACCACUCAGGAUAUCUGGGAUGACCUUGAUCAGCUCAAGUCUGAGCCCAACGGUUUGAAUGGUCAUCAGAAGACUCAGGUGAAGGCUCAGGUUGAGGCUGUCCCCAUGGUUGACCAGUCUAACGCUCUUGACUCCGCUCCUUCCGCGGCCGCAGUGCAAUCCUCGGGAGAGUCUGUCACCGCCNUUGAACCAGGUACGAUUGAGCCUCUCGACAUGAUACACACAGAUGCUAAUAAGAUACGACAGAUGAACAACGCGGCUCGUCGCUUUGGUCGCAACGAGUGGCUUUCAAUGUUGCUCGACAUGAACGAUACUGAGAAGGGCCGUCAACUCAUCGCCGCCUUCGGUGAUCACAUCCGCGCCAGUGUUGAGAGCAAGCAGAUGACAGCUGCCGGAGACAUUGAAUUGUUGACGAAAUUUCCAGGCGGACAGUACGUCCCUGCUACUGUAACUCGCGACACUAGUGUUAGCGAACUGGUCAAGGAGUGUGCCUCGUUGACACGCACCAAUGAGUCUGACAUUCGCAUCGUACUGGAGAUUGGCGGCAAGGGUGAUGCUUCGAGGCAUAUGGCUGGGAACACUUCGACCGACAUCUUGGUCGCAGGCGCAUUCGCUGCCUUCACAGUCGAUCUACUCGUCUACCCUCUCGACACACUUAAGACCAGAUUCCAAUCGCCCGACUACAAUCGCCUCUACCUCGACAAGGCCACCAAUGCUGUCAACAAGCAAGUUCUCUUCCGAGGCCUCUACCAAGGCGUCGGCAGCGUCAUCAUAGCCACCCUUCCAUCCUCAGGAGCUUUUUUCACUACCUACGAGGGCGUCAAAUCCACCUUCUCAAAGUACAAUCCCACCUUCUCUGGCUCGCCUUUACUACCACAACCCAUCAUCCACUCGGCCGCAUCCUCGAUAGCAGAACUGGUCUCGUGCGCCAUCCUUACUCCCGCCGAAGUCAUUAAGCAAAAUGCCCAAAUGGUCGAUACAGCAAAAGGCGACAAGGCCAAUGCAACCCUACAAACCAUAGCAAAGUUCAGGUCAAACCCACUCGCCCUGUGGAGAGGUUACACUGCACUGGCAGGCCGCAAUUUACCUNUUACAGCCUUACAAUUCCCCAUCUUCGAGCGCUUGAAAGAAGGGAUCAAGAAACACAGAGAAGACAGAGGAACAAGGACAAACACACUACUGGAGAAUGGCUUGAUUACCGCCGCUAGUGCUGGCUCAGCAGGUGCUUUUGCUGCCGUCGUCACCACACCCGUCGAUGUCGUCAAGACACGCAUCAUGCUUGCUGCAGCAUCAAGUGCAGCUGAAGACCAAACCAAAGACACAAAGCUAAAAUCCAAUGCACCCGUAGACGCAAUGGGCCGCUCCACCCAAACAAACAAAACAGAAACCCUCAAAAACACACUCCAAAACAGCAAACAGGGUCUCAAAGACGCAAUCCAAAAUGUCGCAAAGCCUGUUUCCAGAAAAGGCAGUAUACAGAUUGCGAGAGAGAUUAUUGCUGAUCAAGGAGUCAUCAAGGGUCUUUUCCGUGGUGGUGCUUUGAGGGCUGUUUGGACGUUGAUUGGAUCUGGACUUUAUCUUGGUGUUUAUGAGAGUGGGCGUGUGUAUUUGGCACAGAGACGAGGUGAAGAUAUCGAUAAUCAGGAUAUGUGA